AUGGGCCGACGGCCCCCACGUCGAGACUAUUUUCCUCCUGUGUUCCUUGCAAUUAAUACUACCCACUUCGAAAUUCUACCCUUUUCCUAUAAAUCGGAAGAUUUGGCAUUCAGCGACUGGAUCACGCUCUUUACCUUAUGCCUAGCUCCGCUCAUAGCCCAUAUACUUUCAGGUGCUCCCAAAGUUGUGUAUUUUGCGAAACGUCGACCAAGUUGGCACGAGCGAAUUGGCGUCUACAAUCCGACCACCAUCUUAUGGCGAUAUUUUGCCAUCGCCGACAGGCGCAUAAGAGCGAAGCACUGGAGCGCUGUUGAUGUGGCGGCAGCUAAUGUAAAUUUCUGGACAUCUCGUGGAUGGGAUGGGUCCGAAGCACUUUCGAGAAACAGUCGCGAGUACUGCGUAUCCCGAGCAGAUAGCAAGCAUGCGAGAUUGUUGUCAGUGGGGGCUUUGGAGACUCUCAUCGUCACCCUACAAGGUGUGAAUGCGCUUUACACACUCACAAGCAGCAUCGUGCCGAGCCAGUAUUGGAACAGUGCCAACUUCUCAAACACCUUGUCAAUUGGAACUAUCUUCUUCCCCUUGUCCGUCUUUGGGCUCUUGAGGCUUUUUGCAGCCUUUUGGUUGACGGAUGACUCUAUCUAUACCAACUAUGAGGAUUUUCAAACUAUGCAAAUGUCCCAAGAUAGAGAAAGCCUUCAAGACGGAGUGCAGCUACUUGAAAUUCCAGAGCUUUCGACAAGCAGAUUACCAGAAAACUCAGAUGCGACCUCUGAAAACGACUACCAUGCACCAAACUGCUGGCAAAGCUUAUUAUUUCGUGUCUCCUUCCUCGUGCCUAUCGUUGGCCUGAUUGUUAUUUGCCUAUAUUACACGGUACCGACUUCAAUCGACGACAAUGUCAGUCUCGAAACGGUCACAGGCUUUAUUCUCGUCUUGUUCUACUUGAUCAUAUUUGUGGUUACUCUUUUCAUUUAUGGAUACUAUUUCUUUCGGGACCAAAACAUAACAACGGUCAUUCCUUGCAUCUCUGCACUGUGGUACCAAAUUUAUACCGGUAUACUCAUAGGGAUGGUGGUAGUUCUCAUCAUCGUCGCCUCGUUGGAGACACGACAAUCUCAAUGCGGGUAUUUCACGAGCUGGCCAAGCGAUACUGGGACGGUCACACAUAGAAGCAUAUCUGGAAUUGGAUGA